AUUUGUAAAUAAUCAUUUUUUUUUUUUUUUUAAUAUAUAUAAAUAAUAAUAAAUAAUAAUAAAUAAUGGAAACAUUAAAACUUAGUGCAUUACCAGAACAAAGUAAACAACAACCAAUCAAUCAUGGUAGAUUUGAAGCAUAUGUUGAUAAUGGAGGUACAGUUAUGGCUGUAGCUGGUAAAGAUUAUUGUGUUAUUGCUGGUGAUACUCGUAUGUCCGAUGGUGGUUAUGGUAUUCAAACUAGACAUUAUACAAAAGUUUUCCAAUUAACCAAUAAAUGUGUUUUAGCAACAUCAGGUAUGCAAGCAGAUACAAUUGCUUUACAAAAACGUUUAAAGUUAAUGUUAGAAACAUAUCAAAAAGAACAUGGUAAACCAAUGAGCACUCCAGCAAUUGCCCAAUUUUUAUCAAACACUUUGUAUUAUAAAAGAUUUUUCCCUUAUUAUACCUUUAAUUUAGUCGCAGGUGUCGAUGAAAAGGGCGAAGGUUGGAUUUGGACUUAUGAUGCUGUUGGUUCACAUGAAAGAGUUAAAUAUUCAUCACAAGGUUCUGGUAAUCAAUUGGUUAUUCCAUUAUUAGAUAAUCAAGUCGCUAAACGUAAUCAACAAAUUAUUCAAGGUAAUGGAGAUGUUUCAUGUGACCAAGUUGUUUCAUUUGUUAAAGAUGCAAUUACAUCAGCAGGUGAAAGAGAUAUCUAUACUGGUGAUUUCGCAGAUAUUGUUGUUGUUGAUAAAGAUGGUGUCCGUUGGGAAAAAUUCGAACUCAAAUUAGAUUAAAUUUUUUUUAUUAUUUAUUUAUCACACACACUUUUUAUAAAAUACACAACAAAACCAAUAAAACAAAUAAAAAAUAAAAUAAUAGUUUAUUUUUAAU